GAAACAUUCAAAAAUAGACAGAGAAGCAUGGGUAUAUAAAGGAUGCUUGCACGUCCACAAGUUGGGUUCUUCAUCGAAUUAUUGUUAUCGUCAUCUCAUCAUGUCGUUAAUCAACUGGGGUCCCAACGAUAAUAUUGAACGCCGAAUGAACCAACUCUUUGAACAUUUUCUCGGAGACGUCGGAGCUCCUUUCCACCAUCGUAGUGGUCAAAGCUCCUUGAGAUCGAGUACCUUGAGCCCGCCCGUGGAUGUUUACGAAACUGACAAAUCGUGGGUGGUCCAUGCCGAACUUCCUGGUGUAAAGAAGGAAAAUAUCCAGAUCGAUCUUUCCGAAGGCAAGCUCACUCUGAAAGCCGAGACUAAGCAGUCAGAGGAAUGGACCAGCAACAAUACUCGCUAUCAAGAACGCCGCUUCGGCACCUUUUCUCGAACCGUGCCUUUGCCCGACAAUGUCGACCGCGACAACGUCCGUGCCAAGUUUAACGACGGCGUGCUCGAAAUCGAUUUGCCCAAAUCGAGUCCAUCCUCGGCUCGCCAGAUUACCAUUGACUAAAAACAAGUUGUAUUUUCCAUUCUCCUUGCUAUCACAUAUGACCCAACAAAUAGUCUAGCUUAAACGAAUUUUCUAAUGUAUCUUCUAUGUAUCUUCUGAAAUUUCAUUGGCGAGAUUGAUAUCAAUAAAUAUUGCAUGCAAACA